GUAAAAAAAAAUGUUGCCUUGGAGAAGGAGCAAAUUUGUGUUGGUGGAAAAAGAGAGCAAAUGGGAAGGGAAGAGCCUGGUGGCUGGGCUAACGUACAGUUCGCUCAUCUCGUCCUUGGUGCGAGGCUGCCCUCACCUCCUGCCGGAAUGUUCCUUCCACCGCAUCGGAGGCAUGUUCAGAACCAAGCGGCAGAAGGUACAGCUGACCAGGGAGGACCCCACCUACACGGUCUGGUACCUGGGCAGCGCUGUGACGCUCAGCGCCAAGGGGGACGGCUGCACGGAUGAGGUGGUCGGAAAGAUCUGGGCGAGGAGCGAGUGUGGAGGCUCCUCCAACAAGAUGCGAUUGACCGUAGGACCUCACGGCAUCAGGAUGUCCCAAUUGGAGGAGAGGUCCAAGAAGAAUGGCCACAUGUACCUUUUGUCUAGGAUAACCUACUGUGGGGCUGACAGCAGGCACCCCCGGAUACUGGCCUGGGUCUACAGGCACCAGGUGAGGAACAAGGCAGUAGUACUCAGGUGUCACGCUGCGCUGGUGUCCAGACCCGAGAAAGCCAAGGCCAUCGCCUCGCUCCUCGGCCAGACCUCCACCUCAGCUUUCAAUGAGUUCAAGAGGCUGAAGAGACAGGAUGAUGACAGGCAUCGGCAACAGCAGCUCCUGGGAGAUGCCAUUGUCCCUCUGGUUCCCCUCAGGAAGCUCCUCAACAGACAUUGCCCCUAUCGUAGCAAGAGCACCCCUCGCCUCAGCUCCAUCCCUGAGGAUGUGGUGGGGGAGGAGGCGUUACCUUCAGAGAUAUUAAGGAAGAUUGUGGUGUCCUUUUACCCUCCCCUAACCCCUGCCACCGUCACCGCCUUACCACAUCCAGACCCUCCGAUCGAUGCCAAGUGUUGUGACUGCUUCUGCCUCGAGACGUGGGAGUGCUACCAACUGAGCCAGAUCCUGACGUGCCAUAAUGGCCCCGCUUACACACCCAACCCGCCCGCUUACACACCCAACCCGCCCGCUUACACACCCAACCCGCCCGCUUACACACCCAACCCGCCCGCUUACACACCCAACCCGCCCGCUUACACACCCAACCCGCCCGCUUACACACCCAACCCGCCCGCUUACACACCCAACGCGCCCGCUUACACACGCAACCCGCCCGCUUACACACCCAACCCGCCCACUUACACACCCAACCCCCCUGGCCAGAGAAUCGGGAUCAAAGAAACCAAUCAGCAAGCAACAACGGCUGUGGAAGUUAAGCUCCUUUAA